UCGCGCGGGGACUCACUGUCCGUAAUCUUACGAUUCAGGAUUUCCGAGGUGAUUUAACACUCCUCCCCCCCCCCCUUCUCUGUGCUACCCUCCCUUAUUUCAACGCAGUCUACAAAGAGUCAUCCUUUAGGCCUAGUCUAUUAAUGUUGACAGCAAUAGACAGUUACUAUUUACGGUGACUUGAAAGCAGUCGUUUCGAAGAACCAUGCGUUCUGUUGUACACACUGCGAGCUCAACUUUCCAACGGGAUCUCUGCAACGGAAAUGAAUUUUGAAUUGUAAGAAUAAGUGAGAAAAACUGUUAAAUAGACUCUGACAGAGAAUAUGUCCUACGCGCAGUUUGGAUACGCGGCAUUUCCUCCUUCGACUCAGCUGAUGGUGGGGAGCACCAGCACGAGCUCCGUCUCCUCCCCGUGUUGCGGGGGCGACUCCAGCGGGCGCCCGUCCUCAGGGGUGGACUCCUCCACGGUUUGCUCCCUGCCGGCCACCUACGAUUCCAGGCUACUUACCACAUAUCAUCCCAGGCUCUAUGAGCAUCAGGCUUACCCAAACUUCACAGGGGUGGAUUCAUCGGCCUUCUAUCCAUCGCUGGGUACAGCCUAUGGAAUAAAAGAUGCUUCAGAUCCUUGGAGAGGAAUCGCACCUUCCGCAUCUUAUUACUACGAUCCUAGUCUGGCAGCAUACGGUUAUGGAGGUUUGGAUUUCAACGGGGCUCGUCGCAAGAACGUGACCCGGGAUUCCACGAGCACUCUGAAGGCGUGGUUGAACGAGCACCGGAAGAACCCUUACCCUACGAAGGGAGAAAAGAUCAUGCUGGCCAUCAUCACCAAGAUGACCCUCACCCAAGUCUCGACAUGGUUCGCAAACGCCCGCAGGAGGCUCAAGAAAGAGAACAAGAUGACGUGGGAACCGAGGAAUAAGAUGGACGCUGACGAUGUCAAAGACUACGAUGACGAUGAUGAGGGAGAUGAGGACGCGUCCAAAAGGAGCAGGACGGACAGAGUGGACAAUGAUGCACGAUCCACGCGGUGCGAUAGUGAAGAUGAAGGAGAGAGGAGGAUUGCAUCGUGUGAUGAUUCAAUAGAUGGCGUUGGGCCCUAUUCUUCGGCGACCCAAAUUGCAACAAGACCUUACCAGCUUUUAUCUCACCAUCGGGAAAAAACAACCAACGGUGGUCCACAGCUUGAUAAUGGAAGCCGGGAUUCCACGCUCAUACCUACCUCUGAAUUCACACCUACCGACAGCUCAUCUUCACCAAACCUCCCCGACAUCCAAGCUCUGAUGCGUUCUUCUCCCAUGGAACACAAAGAUAAUAGACAUUCUAAUAUGGACUCAGCGAAAAAUCCUAGUUCCCCAUCUGCAGUUGACGAAGAGGACAUAGCAGGUCGUUCAAUGACCGGAAAUAACAAACCUAAAAUAUGGUCAUUAGCGGAUACUGCUACAAGUAAAAGUCCUCCACCACUUGCUGGUGGAAGUGGACCCCAGGAAUCUUCAGGUGGUAUGAUGGACAUGUUAGGACACUGUGGCUGGUUCUCUGUGAAUCCUUACCAAGUUUCGAAUCCAUCAUCGUCUUUGGGUGGUUUUAGCGGAUACCACCCUCACCCUAGUGCGGCGUUCACUUCACCUACAAGUGGUCAUGGGGGAUCAUGCUCAUCUGUGCAAGGUUUCGUACCACCACAAACAGAUACUCCACCUCAGACACCACCUAAUAUGAAAGUUUCAUCAGGAUUGGGAUCGACAAGUUAUCUCGGUGUCCAGGGUGGACACCUUUAUCAGUCAACUGCUGGAGUUUCUUCAAUUCAAGCGACAAAGAAUGGUGGACCGUAUUCGCUGACCAGCCACAGCCGAUCUUAUCGACAAGAAUCAUCAGCGGAAGAUUACUCGACGACUGGCCAUUUCAGGUCUUCAACCAUGCAGUAGAAGAUAGUAUCGCAUCACUGAGGUUAUCGAGGGCACGUCAAGCCAGAUGGAGGAGGACAAAGACUGAAGAUGAAUCUCCAAGGCACGAAUUAAGGCUUGAUGUCGUCGAAAAAGGCUGGUCCUUACUCACGAAAAAGCUAUGACUGUCAGACUCCAGGAAAAAGCACAUUACUUUUUAACUUCAUCUUUUACAAAACUACAUGUUUACAUCUAUGUAGAUGGAGAUUAAUUUUAGAUAUACAAAAAAAAAAGUGUAUCAUUCUUCUCUAUCAAGACACACAUCUAUACCAUGACCCUUUUUUUAGUAUUUAAUAAGCUUUGAAUCUGAUGUUAAGGAUAAAUCAGAAUGCUCAACGUAUACUGUACAUAUUGUACUAAGGAUGUUUUAGCGGAAGAUGAUCACUUUUUGAGUUUAUGAGAUUUUUUCCCCUUUUUGAAGCUCACUUAAAGUUGUUUGGAAAGGUUAUAUAAAGUAAACUCAAUGCAUAUAAGUGCUGAGACGCGAGAUGAGUAAUUUUAAGUAGCAAUUUAGGACUAAGAGAUAUUUAUAGAUUUAUUUGUACAUAAUCUGCAGAUUGUAAAUAUUGAUUUAACUGAUGAGUUUUUUGGAUUUUUGACAGUGAAAAAGUUGAUGAGGAUUGAAAUUUGAAGAAACUUAUGUUAAAGUGAUAAUUAUAAGAGUAAAAAGAAUUGGUGAAAAAUCUAUGGGUAAUUUUUCACACACAUACACAUCUCAAUAAAUUUCUUAAUGAUAAAGAAUUUCAACAAUUUUUAUCAACAACAAUUUAAUUUUGAUUGUGAAUGGCGAAAUGGCAACGAAAUAAACAAUUUUUAAAAACUGCAUGUAAGUUUUUAAGUUAACAUUUUGUUGUUUUCCGUAAUAAUUGAUUGAAAAUUUAUAAUAAACUAAAUGUAAUAAAAUAAAUAUAAUUGAAAUAAUAAACUAAAUUUCAUGAGAAUCUAUUUUAUUGCUCUCUCUAAAUAUAUGAAUGCGACUGGUUUAUACAAGCAAGAUUAUAUUUUCCAACGGGAAAUUUUUUUUAUUUUUAAUUCUUAAAGAGUUAAUUAAACUUGGUAUAAAUUAGAAUUGACUUAAAAGAUUGUACACAAAAAAUUAUGUAAUUCGGACAUGAAAUACAUUUGCUUUUGCAGCCAAGAAUUUCUUGUAAAAUAAUUGUUCAAAAUGCCACCUAUUUCACAACUAAAUGUUUCAAUUGUAGCUCAUAAAAAAUUCUCUUGAAAAAUUUGGUACUGUUAAAAGGUAUAUAAAUGAUUGCAAAAAAUUCCUUCAUUCCUUUUUCUGGUGUCUUAUGUUGAAUCAUAAAUUCUAUUACCCAUUAAAAAGAUAUAUUGAUGGCUGUAAAUGAAAUGAUUCUUCCAGGAUCUAGAACAGACGUUUUUGGAUAUGCACCUAUGAUCCUUUUUUAACGUUAAACGUGCUCUAACUAAUAAUAUGAUUCAAAACCUCAAUCAAUUUAAUAUUGCUACAAAUAUUGAGAAUGUUAUUCCUAUAGAACUGAUAGCUUUAUUAAAUGAUAUUCAAGCUAAUCGCAAUCAUUUUACUUGUAAAAAUUUCAAUUUUCAGUACAAAUCUGAAAAAUCAAAAUUAUUUAAGUGAAUUAAAUUACUUUAAUUUUUAAAAGUCUGAGUUAGAGGAUUUUUAGUGUUUGUUCUAUUUUGAAUAAUUUAUUAUGUAUGAAAGUAGCUGUCAAUUAUUUUGCACAGUCAUAAAUUUUACAAAAAGGUAACUAAUGUUGAGAUAUUCUUGCUUGAAACAUUGUUUGUGUUGUAAAUUAGGAUGUAUAAUUGAUUCAGAAAAUUUUAUGCCUGAUUUUCUUUACUUUUAUGCUUAUAUAUCAUGUAACUAUUAAAAGAAAUGAGAUUUUUCUUCAAUAUCACUUGCCUGUGAUAGUUUUCUGUAAACAUUUCACUCUGUGUAGAUGAAAUGGGUUUUAUUCAGAAAUGUAUAAUGUAAAUUAUAUCAUGUAUAUAUUAAAAUCUUUCCGGGUUUUC